AUGGUCACCGGUAUCGAGGCUGCAGGGCUCGCUCUUGCGAUUCUUCCACUCUUUGUGAACCAGAUCGAUGCCUAUGUCCGUGGCAUAGAGAAGAUCAAGGGUCUGAGGCGCUACCGACGGGAGUUUAAAGGCUAUUCAGUAGGACUUCGCACACAGCAUGCCAUUCUACUAAAUACGCUGGAACAAGCUUUGGAAGGUGUCGUGAAUGAUGAGGAUCAAGUUUCUGAACUCAUCUGCGACCCGCAGGGUGAUGGAUGGAAGGAUCCGGACUUGCAAAAGCGACUGCGCUCGAAGCUGGACCGAAAUUACGAAGUAUUCAUGGGAAAUAUGGCUGGCCUCUCUGAGUUGCUGGAACAACUAUCGCAUAAGCUAGAUGUUGGAGUAACUGAUAUGAAGACACCCGUCACCGAAGCCUGGAACAUAUGGAAAUUCCGAAAGAUCCUCAGCAAGGCAGUCUACGAUGAUCUGCUCGUGAAAAUUGAUGGAACAAAUACAAUCCUUAAGACACUAGUCGAUCAGUCAUUUCACCUAGAAGAUACCAAGAAGAGGCGGCAGAGCUGGAACUAUCUACUGAAACGGUAUCAAAAGUCUCGCAAGCAUGCUGAGGGACUGUUUAAAGCAAUCAUUGGAGGAGGCUACUGGCGCUGUCAAUGCAAGAAGCACCAUUGCGUCCACCUCCAGCUGCAAAUAAACUCCUUACAGAGUACCAAAGAAUACCCGGACAGUGACUUUGAUGCUAGAUCCCAAUUUCGGAUGAUCUUUUCAAACACGAAUGAGGCAGAUCUGACUAGCCUAUGGACUUGGACAGAAGUGGUAUUUGAGCCUUGGCUGGUUGAAGAGAUAGUGACAGUUGCUAGUCUCUCUCAACAUGACGAUUCCAAGUCCUAUCGCCAGAAGAAGCCUAAGGUUCAAUUUGAUAUCCCUUCCGUGGAGGAAGCACGGUCAUGGGAAGAACGCCGAGAGGCUCUAUCUGCUCCACCGAUCCAGGACUUUUGUUCAUCGCUUUGUGUCGCUGAAUCACACGUUGGGCGCCGGGAAAGCAUAGGUUCCAUUUCGAACGACCUAGAUGCCUCUGUUAGAUACACGAUGCAUGCCGUGAAGAUACUUCCAAAAGCAUUCCACAAAAGCCUCUCCGCGAGGUACUAUCGCAUAUCAGUCGACGGGACCGCCUUCAUAUCGCUGCUGCUCUAG